AAUAAAUGGGAUGGAUUGAAAAAUGAAUGGAAGCUUUGGAAGCAACUCAAGGGAAAAGAAACUGGUUUAGGAUGGAGUAUGCAAAAGAAUACAAUUGAUGCAACUGAAGAUUGGUGGAAUAGUAAAUUACAGACUCAUCCCGAUGCUGCAAAGUUUCGCAUUCGGGGAAUUGAACCAGAAGUAGAGGAAAAAUUAGAUAAGAUUUUUAUGAACACUGUUGCUACAGGAGAGUAUGCUUGGACACCUUCAUCUGGAAUAAUUCCAUCUGAGUCUGAAAAGCCUUUUAAUGAUACUGAAACCUUACAUGAACAACUUGAGAGUAGUGAUGAUGAUAUAGAGAUGCCUAAUAUUGAUAGAUUUUCUAAAGAGAAAACUAGCAAGAGAACAACUGAGCCACUUGAGAAACAAAAUAAAAAAAUGAAAAAUGGAAAAGGAAAAAUGAAGAAGACAGGGCCCGUAAUGAUAUUUGAACAAAUUGGUCGCCUUGCUGAUGCCGUGGAGACAAGAAGUAGAAAUAUUGAAAUAGCUAGAAAAGAGAAUAGUAUUGCCGAAGUUAUGAAAAUGUUAAAUUCUUUGCCUGAAAUCGAGAAAGGGAGCAGCUUGUAUUUAUUUGCAACGCGCUUGUUUAUCAUGAAAGAGAAGAGAGAGAUGUUUGCUUCAUUGGAAGAACCUGAGUUAAUGCUUACUUGGCUCAAGAAUGAGUAUACUCUGGAAUAUAAUUAUAAUGCUUAAAUCGUUCAGAAUAGUAGCCUUUAUUUUCUAAACUUUGUGUAAUGACUUUAAUAUAUUUUUGUUAUGUUAUUUCUUUAAUCGUAUUGCUCUCAAGACUUUAAUAUAUGUUUGUUAUGUUUUUUCUUUAAUUGUAUUUGUUCUUCAGACUUGGUGUUAUCACUAGUAUGAAUAUGCUUUAUUAUUUUUUUUAA